GGGAGAUUUCUAGGCAUCGCGGAUAUGCCUCUGUUCCUGUCCUGUUACUCUGUUUUCCAGUUAUCAAAAUGUGGAAGCGAGAGUCCGGAGGCCGUCGGCUGGCGCGCUUCCUGCCUGUGGUCGUGGUCCUAAUGAUCAGUAUAAUUAUUUAUUCCAUCUACCUAGUGUACAACUGCUUCCCGCUCCUUCAAAUUGAAGUUCCGGAAGAAUACCGCGACGACGCGGCGCGGAGAAGAGGCUUCAUCCAUUUGCUUUUUAGCCAUCUGCUUGCAUCCCUCAUGUUCUGGUCGCUCUUCAAAGCAUGUGUCACGGGAGCGGGGUCAGUUCCAGACACGACGGUGUGGAAAUCGAGACCGAAUACGGCCGAGCUCGUUGAAAGGAAACGUGAUGGAACUGUUCGUUACUGUCAUAAGUGCGCGCACUACAAGCCGGAUCGAGCUCAUCAUAGUAGACACACCGGAACUUGUACGCUUAAACUGGAUCACUAUUGCCCGUGGGUAGCCAACGAUAUCGGCUACUUUAAUUACAAGUACUUUUACCUGACACUACUGUACUCUACUGCGACUCUGUCCUUUACUUCGGCAACCAUGUUUCCCACUGUUACGGCCGCAUUCGGUGACUCGAAUAUACCUUUCGAGACGGUGUACUUCAUUCUCUUGGGAACUGUCCUCAGUAUCUGCGUCCUCUGCAUUGUCGGAAGUUUCUUCAUUUUCCACACGUACCUUCUGUCGAUCAAUUCUUCAACGGUGGAGUACUGCGAGAAACGGCGUGGCGGCCCCGGCCACGAUUGGGACUUAGGAGUCUGGAAUAACAUCAAAGAGGUUAUGGGGGAAAACCCUUUGCUUUGGCUUGUCCCCGUUGGAGGACCCUCUGGUGAUGGCCUAAUGUUCCCCCGUAUCCACUAAAAUAAGACUUCAUCAUAAUCGGAUGUGCGUGCCGGAGCAUCGAGAAGCGAAACACUCAGCUGCUGUUCCCCGGUGGUAAAAAGCUGGACCUGACAACGUCACCGAUGUGAAGGACAGCGCGACUGACUGGAACGUCCCUUGACGUGAUUUCUGCAGAAACAAUCGUGGUGUCGCUCAUGGCGCGACUCCUUCCUCUAUGUCUGCUCAUGUAUAACAAUAAUAGGCUCACACGCAGCUCAAAUACGGUGAAGUCAAAAACCUGUCCCUCUUCAGUGCAGGAAUUUCCUGUAUCACUUGGUACGUUGUAGAAGAGCUACCUGUCGCAGAUCCUGUAGACAGACAAGAUCGCUUUUCGGUGCUCUCAUAUCCCUGACUCACAAGGGCAACCCCAUGGUCUCCUCGCACGUGCGUUUCGGCUUGACAAGAUCACCAUCAACAAAAACGGUGCCAGAAUAUCUGGAGUAAAACCUGUUUAGUCUGUGUAACUGAACACAAAAUGUGUGAGCAAUUUCGCGGUUCACUCUAGGCACUGAAGUCACGAAGAGGGUAUCAAAAGCGCCACUGUUUUGAAACGGUAAAUGUCGCCUCGCAACUCUCAUGUGUAUCCACCGCCGAAAGAAAACAGGACGCAGCAUGCAUUCCUUGUAGU